AUGCCCAAGCCCACAACCCCACUAUCCUCCAUCCUCCCUCCCCUAAUCUUCGGCACCGCGACCUUCAACUACCAGUACAACAAAGACCCCUACCAGCUCGACACAACCGGCCUUGUGCACUCCGCCCUCACCCUCGGCAUACGGGCGUUUGACACCUCACCCUACUACGGCCCCUCGGAAGAGCUGCUGGGCGCCGCCCUCGCAACCCCCCUAGUCCGCGCCGACUUCCCGCGCUCCAGCUACCACAUCCUGACCAAAGUCGGCCGCAUAUCUUCCUCCUCGUUCGACUACUCCGCGCAAUGGGUACGACAAAGCGUGCACCGCUCGCUCGCGCGCCUCCAGACACCGCACCUCGACCUCGUAUACUGCCACGACGUCGAGUUCGUCAGCCCCGCCGACGUCCUGACCGCGGUGCGCGAACUGCGGCGCCUCCGCGACGAAGAGGGCGCCGUGAAGUACGUCGGCAUCUCCGGCUACCCGCUCCCCGUCCUGUGCGCCCUGUCGCAGCUCGUCCUCGACGAGACGGGCGAGCCCCUCGACGCGGUCCAGUCCUACGCCAACUACACGCUCCAGAACAGCCGGCUCGCGAGCUGGGGCCUCGGGCGUCUGCGCGCUGCGGGCGUGGAUGUGGUGCCCAAUGCUAGCAUGCUGGGGAUGGGCUUGCUGCGGAGGGAUGGCGUGCCGAUGGGGAGCAUGGGCGAUUGGCAUCCCGCGCCGCAGGAGCUGAGGGCUGCGAUCAGGGAAGCGAGUGGUUUCUGUGAUAGGCAUGGUGAGCGGCUUGAGGUGAUUGCGCUGCGCUGGGCGCUCGAGUCUUGGCUUUCUGCUGGUGCGGCGGUGGGGUCCAAGGGGGAUCUGGCGUCGGGCGUGCCGUGGACCGAAGAGGCGAAUGAGGCGGUUGGAGGAGGGAAGCUAGGGGUGAGUGUUAUGGGCGUCAGUAAUGGGGAGGAGUUGGAGAAGACGAUGCAGGUUUGGCAGAGCAUACUGGAUGGGUUGAAGGGCGGAAAGGAGAGGUGUAUCAGGGCCGGGAGGUGGGAGAGGGAUCACGAGUGGAGCUUAAACCGGAAGAAGGCGGUACUAAUACUCGCCGAGGGGGUGAGGGAAGUGCUGGGGGAGUGGGUCGAUUACACCUGGGAAAGCCCGCCGCCGGAUUUUGUGAAUGAGAGGGACAAGGAUAGGGAACAGGAGCCCUGA